AAUCCACUUUCCUCCGUUUCCCUCGCGCACCUCCUGUCCUCCUCCCACUGCCGCCGCCGCCGCCGCGCCAGAUGCGCCUCCUCGCCGCGGCGGCGAGACAACCAAAUACACCGCACCGUAUUCUCGUUAACCUCCACCACCUCAUAUCCACAACGACGACGACGACGACCACCUCCUCCGCAUACGAUCCAACCGCGCAGUUCCUCCAUCCCGACCAUCAUCGCCUCCUGUCACUGCCAGCAUCUCUCCGCCGUGGCGCCCUCCUCGCACUCGCGCGCCUUCUCAAGACCUCCCCGCAAUGCCACCUCGCGCUUCAUGCCGUCAGCCCACUCUCUGGCUCCCCAUCCUCCACCCCGCUCGACGCCCGCUUCGCCGCCGCAUCGCGCCUCGCCACGUUGGCUCCCGCGCUUCGCCCCUUCGCAGCGAUCCUCAUCGCAGCGCUCCUCCCGGUCGCCUCCUCGGACCUCCUUUCGUGGUCGUCUGGUGACAGUGCCAGCGGGAGCUCGCGCGCGCGGUACGGCGCGCUCAGGCUAGCGCUCCACGCAUUCCUCGCCGCGGGCAUGGCAGCCGAGGCACUUGAUGUACUCACGCGCGUCCGCCGCUCUGGGAAAACGCCCAGCCUCUCCGCGUUGGCGGCAUUACUGCGUCUUCUAUUCCGAAGCGGGGAGGUCCACGCUGCCUGGAACGUGUUCGAGGAAAUGGCCGCAAGGGGACCGCGGCCAAGCCUUGCCACUUUCAACGCCAUGAUCCUCGGUUUCUGCCACAGGGGGCUGGUACGCGUCGCCUCUGGGCUUCUUGGGAUCAUGGGGGAGUUUGGUAUCGUCCCAAAUGUGUGCAGCUAUAACAUCCUCAUCAAGGGGCACUGUGUGUUUGGGUGGUCACGGGACGCCUUCAAGCUGUUUGAAGAAAUGCACAGAUCAGGGUGUGAGCCAACAGUUGUGACAUAUAACAUAUUAGUGGAUGUUCUGUGCCAUGAGGGGAGGAUGCCAGAAGCAAGGAGGCUGUUCGAUGAAAUGGCCCAGGUGGGGAUCCAAGCAAACACAAUCACGUUCAAUGUUUUGAUUGAUGGAUAUGCAAAGACCGGACGGAUGGAUCAGGCCUGUGCAGCCUAUAGGGAAAUGAAAGCGAGGGGAUUAGUACCAGAUUCCUGCACCUUCAACAUUAUUGCUGCUGGAGCUUACAAGUUCGGGCAUGCUGCCCAGUUAGUCCAUGAUCAUGACAUGUUUGGUUCACAUAUGUUGGCUGAUGGGAUGGAUAUGUUGGUCUGUAGGCUUUGUUGGGAUUGUCGAUUGGAUGAUGCCUGGGAGCUUCUGCGUGGUGCUAUUGAGCAGGGCGCUCCAUUGAGUGUUACUGGAUUUAAUGCAUUGAUCGCUGCUUAUAGCAAGGAGGGACUCCACGAAGAAGCUUUUGAACUGUAUAGAAUUAUGAACAAGUUAGGGCUUGCACCAUCAUCGUCUACUUUUAAUUACUUGAUAAUGGGGCUGUGCAAUCAAGGAAGGCUUGAUGAAGCACAGCUUCUUUUAGAGCACAUGGUUAGUAAAGGAUAUUGUCUGAGUACAUCAUUUACUAUCUGCUUGGAUGCAUCUUUCAGAGAGGGUAAUGCAGUCUGCGCAUUGAAAUGCUGGGAUGAUAUGGGCAAACUUGGUUUGCAGCCUGAUUUUAUUGCUUUCUCUGCAUAUAUCAAUGGCCUGUGCAGAUUAGAUUACGUGAAUGAGGCUUAUCAGGCAUUUGCUGAGAUGACAGCCAGAGGAAUUGUACCGAAUAAUUUUACUUACAACUCCAUCAUAUCUGCACUCUGUAGAGCAGGCAAUAUGACUGAAGCCUUGAAGUUACAGCAGAAUAUGAGGCAGAAUGGCCUUGUUCCUGACAUUUACACAAGCAACAUUCUAAUCGACGGUUUGUGCAGAGAAGGAAAGCUGGAGAUGGUGGACAACCUUUUAUUGGACAUGUGCAGUAAUGGUCUAACCCCAGACACAGUGACAUAUAAUACGAUAAUCAAUGCAUAUUGUAGGGCUAAGGAUAUGAACAGUGCCAUGAAUUUCAUGAAUAAGAUGCUCGCAGCUGGUUGUGAACCAGAUAUUUUCACAUAUAAUAUAUGGAUGCAUAGUCUCUGCAGCAACCAUAUGUUGAACCAAGCAGGGAAGGUGCUAGAUGAGCUUGUUGCUAUGGGAUGUCCUCCAGAUUCUGUUACAUACAACACAUUGAUGGAUGGCAUUUGCAGCGAUGUUCUUGAUCGGGCUAUGAUAUUGACUGGCAGGCUUAUUAAGAUGGCUUUUCAACCAAACACUAUCACACUUAAUGUUUUCCUUUCUCAUUUCUGCAAGCAAGGAUUUGGGAAGAGAGCCCUUAUGUGGGCUGAGAAGCUCAGAGAAGAUUCUUUUGUUUUUGAUGAUGCUACUAGAAAUAUAAUUGACUGGGCACGAAGGGAAUUGGAGGAUGACCCCCAUGCUAACAAUGAGGACAUAGAAAGGUGCCUAUUUCUUGAGUUCUUAAUGUUCAUGACAUAUGAGACUAUGCAUAACAGCAGAUCCUCAAAGGCUACACAUAUGCCUACAGAUAAAGGUUUUGAUCCUGUUGGCAGAAGCAUGAUUAGAAUUUUGGAUACUGGUUGAUAAAUGAAUUUUAUAAUCCUAUAAAGUAUUAGAAAACUUUUUGGUAGCCGAUGGUUCCUCUGUACCCUUGCUAUUCAAUAUCCACUAUGAAUCACUCUGUUUGAGAUGAAAUUAGGCAUGAAAAUUUUUGGAGCUAUGUACAAUCAGGAACUGUCUAAUUGCUGAUCUGCUGUUCCAGCAUUUCCUUGCUAUGAAUUUUGGAUGGUGAGUGAUGGUUGCAUAGGCAGCGACGAUUUCUUGUCUUCUGUGAUUUUCGGUGGGGGUUGUUCAUGCUGGUUCAAGGUUGUUUUGUGGCAGUGGCUGGGAUGAGCUGUACAGAUCAUUGGCUUCUCACAGCAUAUCAUUCUUUGUUCCUGUUGCGCACUGCUAUUUGUGCGGUUGGUUGAUGGUGUCCUGGUAUUCAUCUGUUACUCUGCAACAUCCUUUGGCUGAGAAGGCACCUGUCCCUGGGUGUGGCUGCUAUGGCGAUUGAGGUGGUAGAAACUGUUAGCUGGCUCCCAGGUGUUUGCCCUCAAUCACAUACGUGCAUGCGCUUCUCCCUGGGUAGGGAGAGGGAGAGGGAGCUGAACUGGAGGUGCAGCUAGCCUUAUACAUUUCAUGUUUCAUAUAUACAUGGCAAAUUGUGCCAACUACAUGGACAUACUGCCAAUUCUACAACUAUCAACUACUAGGCCAUAAAGGCCAUAACUACUACAGCAUGACCUGUUUUAUAGACAAGGAAGGGCAUGGUCAAAAGAAUGGAGCACUACAUGCUCAUGACAUAAACAACAACAACAAAAAAAAGGACAGGACAGCAAGGGCUAGCCAAUCCAACAGAAACUGCAGUGCAGCUCACAUCCUAUCGAUACUGAUCAGCAUCAAUGGCAUUCACUGAUGAUGCCCCUGAUGGCUGGAACAGAACCUGCUCCUUCAGUGGAUGCAAUGAAUUUUAGUUUAGCUGAUGUGAUGUGCCAUGGGUUCAUUGGAUAGUAAACAUCAUAGUGCAAGGUUUCAAUUUGUUUGUGCAGAAACAAGUAGUGGUUAGAAAUGUACAAGGUUCCCUCUAAUUGUGCAAUUUUGGUACCAUUGAUUUUCCUUAUCAAUAAGAAGUGCAAGAUUAUGUGCUGUUAUGUUACUGA